UAAUGGUGUAACGUCAAAAAGAACAAAAUACGUUUAUUGGUUAACAAACAGAAUAUCUCUAGGAUUGCUCUGCGUACGCCAAUGAAUUAUAUCCGAAAAGCUUGUCGUACGACACAUGUAAUAUUAGCCUUAAGUUUAUGCUUGUAAUAUGGCUGCUCGCAUCUGUUUGUAGACGGUUGUUGAUUUACCGAACAUUUCCUUAUUAAAUUUACUAAAAUGUAUUCUUUAACUCAUAAAAUAGAAAAUGCUCAUGAAGACAGUAUAUGGACCUGUGCAUGGGCAUGUCUAAAGAGGAAAAAGAAUAUUCAGCCUGACAAUGAAGAUUCGCAUGAUUCUAUUCGAUCUAACGAGGAGGAAGCAGUGGAGUAUCUUGUGACAGGUUCUGUAGAUGAUUCCGUAAAAGUAUGGGUGCCACAAGAUGAUACUUUGAAAUUGAAACAUAAAUUAACAGGACAUUCCUUAGGUGUGGUAUCCAUAGCUGUCAGCUCAGAUGGAUCGAAAUGUGCAUCUAGUUCACUUGACUCAAGCUUAAGAUUAUGGGAUUUGGAGUCUGGUGACAAGUUAUCAAACAUUGAAGUUGGUCCAGUGGAUAUUUGGACGGUAGUCUUUUCCCCAGAUGACAAGUUUGUUGUAUCUGGUAGCCAUGCUGGUAAAAUACAUUUAUAUGGAGUAGAAAGUGGUAAACAAGAGCAAACUCUAGACACAAGAGGUGGAAAGUUCACUUUGAGUGUUGCUUAUAGCCCCGAUGGUAAAUAUAUCGCAAGCGGUGCGAUUGAUGGAAUUAUCAAUAUUUUUGAUGUUACCUAUGGAAAAGUUUUGAGAACACUAGAAGGUCAUGCAAUGCCUAUCAGGUCUCUGUGUUUCUCACCAGAUUCUCAAUUGCUCCUAACAGCAUCUGAUGAUGGACAUAUGAAACUGUAUGAUGUCAAGGAUGCAAAUCUAGCAGGAACAAUGUCGGGGCAUGCCUCUUGGGUACUCGGCGUGGCUUUUUCACAAGAUGGACAACAAUUUGCGUCGAGUAGCUCUGAUCACACAGUUAAGAUCUGGGAAUUGGCGCGAAGACAAUGCCUGCAUACAUUUAGGGAGCAUAAUGAUCAGGUAUGGGCAGUAAAGUAUAAUCCACAGAAGAAUAACGUAAUCGCGUCGGUGUCUGAAGAUAAAUCUAUCAAUUUAUAUGAAUGUCCGAUAUAUAAUAAGUGAAUACGUCACAGUAUGAGUGUUCGUGCGUGUAUAAAAGGGCGAAUAAAUGUCUUUUUUAUCUACCA